AUGGCUUCCUCCGAAAUGUCGCUCACUCUGUCGAUAUCUCAACUUCUCCAGUUCCACGUCUUCGCUGGACCUGCGAGCGUGCAGCCCAGCCUACAGCUUAAACCGUCACCUCAGCCGUUUUUCGCAACCUUGUCGCCAGACUUGUCAUCGAUCGCCAUCAAGAUCCAGACGCAAUGCGUUAGCGGGCAUCGUGUACUAAGCAUCUUCGCUAUACCGAGGCCGGACCAACCGAAUUUCGUCAACUCAUCUUCCCUCGCUCCAUCGUCGGCUUCAAAUCCUCCUGUUCAGUAUAUGACGCCCCGAAACAUAGCCCCGUUAUCAGAUUUCCCUUUAGCGGAGGCAUCACCUAGUACUUGGAUCUUUAACUUAUCUGCAACUCAUAUAAUGACACGUUUAGCAGCUGACUUUGACUUCUUCGCUCAAGAGGCAUUAAUGACCAGUUAUGACUCUUUCUUCUCAACGUUACCACCGUUAGAGGUCCCCUCGUCAGAUUACUUGUCGCUUCUCGGACACAAAUCGCAAGCAUACACACCAAUUUCAUCAGCAUCCGCCGAAGUGGACACAACGGUGCCUCGGAAACGGCCUCGUCGAUUUGCGUGUCCGGAUCCAUCAUGUAAACGUAAAUUUGCAAGCAAGGAUACUCUAGAACUUCAUAUGACUAUGCGCCAACACACCCGCAAAGUGCGCUAUCAGUGUGAGAUGGGGUGCUCAGAAACCUUUUCACGGCAGCACGACCGUCUUCGCCACGAAGUCGCCCGGCACGCGCGAGUACCGGAUUGGAUGUGCCACCGGUGUAAACACGUAUUCUCCAGUCAGUCAAACCAAAACAAGCACAAGUGCCCGGAUUUUAUCGCCGCCGAUAGUCUUUGUUCGUGA